AAAAUGCACGAGUGUUCAUCCUCAUUUAAAUCAUUUUAUCUGUAUAUUUUGACUAAAUAGAAAACAAACACAUUCAUGAGCAUAUCCAGAUUAUAACCUAUACAAAAUAGUUAUACACUAUAUUAUAUGUAUAUACGCCUAUAGGUGUAUAUUGAGGAAUGAAGUUAUCGAUUUUCGCCAACAAAAUAUUACCACCAUACGGCAGCCUUUAACAUUAAUAAAUACACACAUAAAGUAUUGGUUAAUUUAAAUUAAUAACAGUCACGUCUGAUUGUAGUGCAUCCUAUAUAUAAAUAGUCUCAGAUUCUAUUUGUGAGAAGCAAGAGUGGAAUAAACCCAAGCUUUAAAUCGUUAAAUCAUGGAGAAUACUGACAUAAAAUUCGAUUCAAAUGAAACUAACCCUGAAUUCUUAAGCAUUCCUAAUGAAUUUACUGAAUGCCGACAAAACCUUCAAGAAGAAAUCAAAAGCGUUGUCAAUCCUCAUAAUAGUGAUUCAAAUUCAGAUGCAUUCUCCAUCAGUUCUGUAAGUUUAUGAUGAUUUAUAAUCACUUUGUCUAUUACACAUUAAAGAACCCUUGUCCACUUACUUCUGUUCAACUGACAGAAUCUGAUGACAUUUUAACUCAAGACACUGAGUUAUUAUCGUCACAUCAAAGUAUUUAUCAGGAAAGUGUUGAAAGAAAACAAUACUCUGAAAGGGAGAUCACUUACAAUUUGUUAUUACGAAAGUUGGUCAACGAUUAUUUAGACAGGACAGUUACCUAUUCACACCAACCAAAGCAUAUUUUGACCAUUUUGAAAAGUGUACUUGAAAGAAAUUUCCCUGAAUUCAAUGGUUCAUUUCAUCGUGAAAAAAUAUGUGCCUAUUUAAAAGCGUGUAGACGUAAAGCAAAAAAGAAUAGUGGUGAAACAUAUGUGAGAAUCAGUGCACGAUAUUUAAGCGCUGGUACGGCGGCUAGAAUGGCUGAGGAGAUAUACAUGAAAGAACACGAAUAUUUAGUUAAUGCAAUCAUGAAUGGUAAUAAAAGUUAUCAUGCAUUUAACCAGUCACUUAUGUUUAAUGAUGAUCAUGGAAGUAGCACAAAUGAGGUCAAAAAUUUUACUACUACUACUGCAAUAAAUACAAACAGUCAUCAAGAACCUCAAUGUCAAAUUCCUGAAUUAACACCGACUCGUUCAUCCACAAAUGCUUACAUAUUAAACGAUAAUAACAAUUUCAAUUUAACCACUGGUAAUCAUUAUUUCACAAGUUCCUAUGGUGAACCAAUGCUUAAUUCUUUGAAUUCUGUGAUUCAACAGCAUGUUAACGGACUUGCAGUUGUGAAAUUAUGGGAACAAAUAGCUGAGUAUCUUUUAAACAUGGCUGAUCGCCUUGAUGCUGGUCAAGAUAUAUUUCCACAGAAUCUACUACCUAACACUUAAUUAUAACAUAUUUUUAUGCUUAUAUUAUUUGUGAGAUUUUUUCUGUAUAUUGUAUCAUUAUUCUUACUGUCAUCACUAAAUGACACUGUCUUAUAAGGAUUUUCGUUGAUUACAAGUUUUUCA